UCCCAGGGCCUGAGGUGCAUGCAGUGUGGCAGUAACCAGAAGUGCCUGGUGAAGGAGUGUGCCCUGGGCCAGGAUCUUUGCAGGACCACCGUGCUCCGUGAAUGGGAAGAUGACGAUGAGCUGGAGUUGGUAGCGAGAGACUGUGCCCACUAUGAGAAGACCAACAGGACCAUGAGCUACCGCGUGAACUCAAAGAUCAUCAGCCUGGAAGAGGUCGUGUGUGCCACAGACGUCUGCAACAGACCCAGGCCUGGAGCCCGAGGGCUUGCCUUUCCCCGGGGACGUUACCUUGAGUGUAUGUCCUGCAGCUCUUUGGACCAGAGCUGUGAGAGGGGCCGGGAGCAGAUCCUGCAGUGCCGCCACCCCGGAGAGCAAUGUGUGGAGGUGGUGACCCUGCCGAGCUCGGAAAGGAGCGCGAAGGAUGAGAACUAUACCAGAGGCUGUGGCAGUCUUCCCGGGUGCCCGGGCGUAGCAGGUUUCCACGGCAACCGCACCUUUCACUUCCUGAAAUGCUGCAACGCCUCGCGCUGCAAUGGUGGCCCAGUUCUGGAUCUUCAGGACUUACCACCGAAUGGUUUCCAGUGUUACAGCUGUGAGGGGAACAGCACCCAUGGAUGUUCCUCCAAAGAGACUUCCCUCAUUGACUGCCGGGGACCGAUGAAUCAGUGCCUGGAGGCCACGGGCUUAGAUGCGCCGGGAAACCGGAGUUACACCGUGAGAGGCUGCACCACAGCUUCCUGGUGCCAAGGCUCCCAUGUGGCAGACGCCUUCCUCCUGACCCACCUCAACAUCUCCUGCUGUGAUGGCAGUGGCUGUAAUGACCCCAGAAGCAGGGCCCCCGGGCCAGGCCCUGCUUGCCUCAGCCUCAUCGUCUCCCUGCUCCUGACCUUCGGACUAUGGGGUGUCCUCCCCUGGAACUGAGUCCUGAGCCCCAAGCCCUGGCUGGACCCAGGGACGUUUGUCCUUCCCCCCCCCAGCUCCAUCUCUGUGGAUAGAUGCGAGUAUCAUUGUUGUCUUUGGGCCUCAGUUUUUCUAAGAACCAGAAGAGAAGGGGAACAAAGGCUGUGGGCAGCAGGGGGCUCGUGAUUAAUGUUGUUGCUGUUG